AUGCUCGAAGCCGACUACAACCUCCACAAAUCGAACAGCACAUACUUCACGGAUUUGGAUGCAAGUCGCUCCCAUCUAUUGUCAUAUCUUUGCUAUAGCGGAAUUUCCGUUGUAGACAAAGAACUCACCACUGAGGGUAAAAAGGGAAUGCUGGCUGCCAUAAUUGGAUCGGUUUCAACAAGCUUCAAGAAGGAAAUUCGAAUCUUGCAACAGUACGAAGUUUGGUCGCGAAUUCUUACAUGGGACAAGAAGUGGCUCUACAUUGUGACACAUUUCGUUCAAAAAGGAAGUGUCAAGCACGCAUGUUUUGUCACUAAUAUGUUGCCUGGGGGACAUAUUUGCGGGAAGUGUGGUGGUGCUAACGGGGCCAGCGCAGUACGACCUGUCGUAUUUGCAACUUCGGUCUCCAAAUACGUCUUCAAAAAGGGCAGAUUCACGGUGGCACCAGAGCGACUCCUGAGAGCUUCUGGUCUAUUUGGAGAUAGUGAUAAGUUGGGAGGUGAAGACUCUGCCAAAAGCAGUGGAGCUAAGGACGGUACGGCAAUCGGCGAAGUUGUCGAGAAUGAAAGAGCCAAAGGAUUUAAAUAUGCUGAGGCUUGGGAUGAGUUGGAAUCUCUCCAUGCGGAGUUUGCUGGGGAGAAUGAAAUAGCCAGCUGUAUUCCAGCCAUUGGCCAUUUCGAUGAUGUUGCUGGCUACGGGUUUUCUUUCUCUUAG